CAUCUUGUCUAGAGGCUUUUCAGUCUUUACUACCACCACCACCUCAUUUCUGUGUCUUGAAUCGUCAUUUUUUUGAAGCUUCUCCGCAAUCCUCAUCAGAUUAAGAUAUAUUUUUUUAAUUAAAAGAAAUGGUCAAUUUUUUAACCAUAAAAUCAUGCUUCAUCAAUUAUUAAUAAACAAAUAAUCUACCAUCUCUUUCUUUUCUCUCCUUGGAGAUGAAAGCUUAUCGAGAUCAACAAAGCCAAAGGUCUCAGAUAAAAAGUCAAAGAAACCCAGAAAUAUAUAAAUUUUGAAGGGAAAAAAAAAGCUUCAGCAGAUAUUGAUAUAUUUUUCUUUGUUUUAAAGAUUAUAUUUUUGGUGGUGAAUAGUUAUUGUUAUUAAAUAGCCAAACUCAACCUUUGGGUCUUUCAAUGGAUUCCGAUUUCUGGACGUCUCGUCUUGCAGCUGCCAAACGCCAAUAUAAUUUGCAGCACCAUCAUCAGAGCUCUCAUCUGGAUCGUUUGAACAUCGACGACUUUGAGGUAGAGGACGAUGUACGACCCGUAUUCCCAUGUCCGUACUGUUACGAGGAUUUCGAUAUCGCGUCUCUGUGUUCGCAUCUCGAAGAUGAGCAUCCCUGUGAGUCAAAAGCUACGAUUUGUCCAGUUUGCUCUGUCAAAGUUGCGAGAGACAUGCUAAGUCAUAUCAUGCAGCAACAUGGACAUUUAUUCAAGUUGCAGAGACGUCGCAGGUUACGGAGAGUUGCAAUUCCUAACAGUCAGGCACUGUCUCUCCUGGGCCGGGAUCUUCGUGAAGCACAUCUGCAAGUACUUCUAGGGGGUGGUGCAUAUAGGUCAAGCAGUACUAAUGUGUCUAAUGCAGCUACUGAUUCAUUCCUUUCUUCACUUUUGUUGAAUUUCCCUGCAUCUGAAGCUGAAGAAAUUACAAAAUCUGUUGUAACUAGUUCCAAAGACACUACUGCAAAAAAUAUGGCGCCAGCAAAUAUGUGGAAAUCAAGUUUUGAUCCUUCUUUGAGUUAUGAAGAGCGAGAAAAAAGGAUUCGGCAAGCCACAGGGAGAGCAGGUUUUGUCCAAGAUCUGUUGUUGUCAACUCUUUUGAAUGAUUAACAAAAGCAGUAAGUCAAAUGAAAAAUAGAGUUAGUUAUCAAAAUCCUGGUGGGAGGCAUUUCUGGGUAGGAUUCUUAAUGAUUUCAUAACGUUUGACGACCCGAUGCAUGCCUAAUCUGAAUGUUGAAGCAACACCUGUUUGCUUCAUGAUAAGAUCCCCAUCCUUUUAUAGCUCCUUUUCAACCAGAACUGUACUAUAUUGUGGAGUAACAGUGACCUUUCUAGUUUAUGUCUAAACUUAAAUUUAUGA